AUGGUCAGCGAGUUCCGACUCGGCGCGCUCACUUUUGUCGCUGACGACUCCGCCUGGCUCCACGAGGCCACCCUCGAUGUCGAGGCUCUUCCGGCUUGUGGCUCGGCGCACUUCCGUGAUGGUUGGAAAGGAACGAACGACGGACUUUCCCCACACACACACACACACACGACCCUGGAAAUUGUUGUUGGCCCUGGACAUGUAGCACGGGUUGUGAGCCGAUGGACUAAAAUCCCUCUCGCUACACUUGACCAAGAGGAGAACGAGAAGUUGAUCCACCUUGCGAAAAAAUUGCAUGAGCGUGUUAUUGGCCAGGAUGAAGCUGUUAAUUUGGUUGCGCAAGCAGUCCUACGUUCUAGGCUCGGAUUUGGACAAAUCAGACAACUGAUAAGUGCAUUCCUCUUUUUGGGCCCGAUUGGCGUCGGAAAGACAGAACUUGCUAAAGCCCUCGCUGAGAAGAUAUUUGACAACGAGAAGGCAUUGAUUCGCUUUGAUAUGUCGGAAUAUGCUGAUAGUGGAUCUGUGUCACGUCUCACCGGAGGAUCUCGAAGCUAUGAAGAAUAUGGACAACUCACCGAGAAAGUCAAGAGGCUCCCAUAUAGUGUUAUCCUUUUCGACCAAGUGGAUAAAGCAAAUGCCUCGGUAUUCAAGGUUUUUCACCAGCUGCUCGACGAUGCUAUGUUGACCGAUGGCAAAGGGCAAGUUGUAGAUUUCAAGAACACUAUCGUCAUUAUGACCUCAAAUAUAGGAGCAGAGCACCUACCGUCGAGAAUUAUGGGCGAAAAUACAAUCAAAUCUGGAAGAGAUCUCCUCAUGAAUCAGGUUAAGAAGCGCUUUAAGCCUGAACUUAUCAAUAGACUAAAUAAGGUUGUGAUAUUCGAGCCACUUUCACACGAUGAAUUGAGGAAGAUUGUGAAAAUCCAGAUAAAUAAUGUCAUUUUGACAGUAGCUUCCAAGGGUGUCGCUGUACAUGCAACUGAUGCGGCCCUAGACGUCAUCCUGUCAGAAUCACAUGACCCGGUGGACGGCGCAAGGCCCAUUAGAAGGUGGGUGCAGAAUCACGUGACCACGAUUCUCUCGGACAUGCUGGUCGACGGAGAAGCCUGUGCUGGCUCGACAAUCUCCAUCGAUGCUGCCGCUGACGAUAAGAGGGGGCUAACGUUCCAAGUGCUGAAGAAGCAGCAGGAGUUGGCAGAUCAAUGA